AUGGCCAAAAAGGCUUUGUCUCGUCGAGACAAGAAGAAGGGCAAUAAGCCGGCUGGGGGAGCGAAUCUUAAGCGACACAAGACCAUGGAAGGGUCAAAUUUAAACCGUAAAUCAAAGAGUAAGAACAAGAAUGGGAGAUAUUAUCCCGUGGGAGGAGGAGACUUGCACAAUCCUGAUAUGAUAGAUGAUUACUACUUUGGACAUGAAUACGACAAGAAUUCGAUGCGCAUGGGUGGUUUUAGGCCCGGUAAGCCUGGACAAGAAACCGACGUUAUGCAACAGCAACCGUUAAGGAAGCGGCCUGUUGAAUUCAUAAAGGCGAAGGAUGUGUACGAUCCGUCUCACGAUCUUAUAAUGAAGCUUCGUGAACAGUAUGAUAGACAGAAGUUGGGGGCCAAGGCACAAGAAACUGAAGAACCGGUACGAAAAGAGCAGAAAACCAGUAUACGAGAUAUUCCGGACGAAGCCCUUUUCUUCGAAGAUGGAGAGCCCAGUGCGGAAGUUUCGAGUAUAAAGACUGUCUUGGUAGAUGAAGAAGGACCCAAGAAGCGUGAGGACGAUAUCACAGAGUUUCAGGACUAUUUGACGGUUGGGAAAGCUCAGCUUAACUUACAGGAAGACCAAAACGGUGGAGUUUAUGUGAAGAAGCAUUACAUGGAGGAGGAGGACGAUGGAGAGGAGGAUAGUGUGGAGCUUGACUCUUUGUCUGAAGAAGCUAUACUUUUGGAUGAAAGCGAUGACCAAGUGUCGCUGUCGUCCACGAUAGGAAAUCUUUCUAUUGGCGGGACAGAAAGUAACACAGAAGAUGCCGAAAAUUUAGAGGUGAGAAUCGCGCCAGAAUCUGAAGCAGAAGUGCCAGAAUUUGGGUUUGUCGAGGAGGACUACAUCAAUAUCUCGGAAGUUGCUGUCACUAAUGUUAGGCUUGGUGGGAAUGCGAACUCCUACUAUUUAAGCAGUUAUCGUUUUCUAGGUGACAACGAGCCACGUUGGGUAGAUGAACAGGAUCUGGUGGACUACGUUUUCGAACUCGGACUGCCAGAAGAAAGAGUAGGGCCAUAUUUGAAAUAUGUGGUUGAUUCUUUGACUCCCGGAUCUGAGCAGGACAGUCUACAGUUGCGAAUCGAUAGAGAAGCAGAAGCUAUGCAGGAAUCGAGUUCCGAAGAGAGCGAUGCGGAUUCCAUUUCUGACAUUUUCAUUGGCAACGACGAGAAAGAGAACAUCCAAGAUCUGAUAGCAUACACGAUGAAAUACGAGAAGACAAGGAAUCAGCAAUUUGAUACCAAAAGUAUAUCCACUUCGGGUAAAGGAGCCAAGAAGAGGUUACUCGUAGACGAAGCGCUAGAUCUUGACGAAGACUUGAAAUUGGAACUGCAGGACAAAUUUUUGACUCGGAACGAUCACCAUCGCAAGAAACGUCAAGCAAAGGAGAAUUACAUCUCAGAUCAAAAUAGGAAAUCAACUGAUUUGUUUGUGAAAUAUCCGUACGGUUUUCAUGUACAAAACAUCAAGGACGAGUUCGAAGCGUUUCUAACAAGAAAUCAUACUCAACUCGCAUUUCCACCUUUCGAUCCAAAUGGUAACAAGGUUGUAGCCAAAUUUGCAGAGGCGUACUGUACAAAGCCUAAAAAGGCUGGCAAAAAUGGUAAAACCUUCGUGGUUGCAGAAAAGGUCAAGAGAACGAAAUGGAGUACUCCAGAUUACAAUUACAUCAAUCAGCUCUUGAACCGGAGACGCGUUUUCAUGCGUAUCGAUGUUCGCAGACCUGUUGCAGAAAGACCGACUUCAGAAAAGUCUUCCUCGGGUAAGGGCAAAUUCCACGUCAAAGAGGGAACCAUAGUUGGCGCCGAUGCUCCAGAGAUUAGCCGUGACAAUAUUGGCAGAAGAAUGCUAGAAAGUCUUGGCUGGUCAACGGGUCAGGGACUUGGAGUUGAUGGAAAUCAAGGUAUAAGUGAACCCAUUUUCGCUACUGUUAAAAAGUCCAAAAGUGGUUUACGUCAUUCUAACCUUGAGGUUUAG